CCGCGCUUCGCCCCGCGUCUUUCGCGGCCGCGGGCGGUGUCCCUGUGCUCGGGCGGGGGGCUGCGGGUUUCCCGCCGGCCGGGAUUGAGGGGCCCGCGUUUUGUCGCCACCAGGCUCCUGACGGUGUGGGACGCAGCAGGGACAGGCUGACGACGGCGCCGGCGGGCCCGAGGCGGUCCGGGCGGGCGGAGACGUGCCCGGCGCUAGGACCCAGGAGGACUACAAAUUCGCCGUGACUCAGGCUGCUCGGCGCGCAACGCGGCGGGUGGUGACGGGAGUAGGGAACCAAGAUGGAGUAUGAGUGGAAGCCGGACGAGCAGGGGCUCCAGCAGAUUCUGCAGCUACUCAAGGAGUCCCAGUCCCCGGACACCACCACGCAGAGGGCUGUGCAACAAAAACUAGAACAACUCAAUCAGUACCCAGAUUUCAACAACUACCUGAUUUUUGUUCUUACAAAGUUGAAGUCUGAAGAUGAACCAACACGUUCCUUGAGUGGUCUCAUCUUGAAGAAUAAUGUAAAAGCACAUUUUCACAACUUUCCCAGUGGUGUAACUGACUUCAUUAAAAGCGAAUGUCUGAACAAUAUUGGUGAUUCCUCCCCCUUAAUUAGAGCUACUGUAGGCAUUUUGAUAACAACCAUUGCUUCAAAAGGGGAGUUACAGAAUUGGCCUGAACUCUUACCAAAGCUUUGCAGCCUGUUGGAUUCUGAAGAUUACAAUACCUGUGAGGGUGCUUUUGGCGCUCUUCAGAAGAUAUGUGAAGAUUCUGCUGAAAUUUUAGAUAGUGAUGUAUUGGACCGACCACUCAAUAUCAUGAUACCUAAGUUCUUGCAGUUCUUCAAGCAUAGCAGUCCAAAAAUAAGGUCUCAUGCUGUUGCAUGUGUCAAUCAAUUUAUCAUCAGCCGAACUCAAGCUCUUAUGUUGCACAUCGAUUCUUUUAUUGAGAAUCUGUUUGCACUUGCUGGUGAUGAGGAGCCUGAAGUGCGCAAAAAUGUUUGCCGUGCUCUGGUAAUGUUGCUGGAAGUUCGAAUGGAUCGCCUGCUUCCACAUAUGAUUAGUAUAGUUGAGUACAUGCUUCAAAGGACCCAGGACCAAGAUGAAAACGUGGCUUUGGAGGCUUGUGAGUUUUGGCUGACUUUGGCUGAACAGCCGAUUUGUAAAGACGUAUUAUGUCGGCAUCUUACUAAGCUGAUACCUGUGCUGGUAAAUGGUAUGAAAUAUUCAGAGAUCGAUAUUAUUCUGUUGAAGGGGGAUGUUGAAGAAGAUGAAGCUAUUCCAGACAGUGAGCAAGACAUACGACCUCGUUUUCAUCGUUCACGGACAGUGGCUCAGCAGCAUGAAGAAGAUGGUAUUGAAGAUGAUGACGAUGAUGAUGAUGAACUUGAUGAUGAUGAUACUAUUUCUGACUGGAAUUUAAGAAAAUGUUCUGCUGCUGCUCUAGAUGUCCUAGCCAAUGUGUUUCGUGAUGAACUUCUGCCACACAUCUUGCCCCUUUUGAAGGAAUUGCUUUUCCAUCCUGAAUGGGUAGUUAAAGAAUCUGGUAUCCUUGUUCUUGGAGCAAUUGCAGAAGGCUGCAUGCAGGGUAUGAUUCCAUAUCUUCCUGAGCUGAUCCCUCACCUUAUUCAGUGCCUCUCCGACAAAAAGGCUCUUGUGCGCUCCAUUACAUGCUGGACUCUUAGUCGCUAUGCACACUGGGUAGUUAGUCAACCCCCAGACACAUACUUGAAGCCAUUAAUGACUGAGUUGCUAAAGCGUAUCCUGGAUAGCAACAAGAGAGUACAGGAAGCUGCCUGCAGUGCCUUUGCUACUCUAGAAGAGGAGGCUUGUACAGAGCUUGUUCCUUAUCUUGCAUAUAUACUUGACACUUUGGUCUUCGCAUUUAGUAAAUACCAGCAUAAAAAUCUGCUCAUUCUUUAUGAUGCGAUAGGAACUCUAGCAGAUUCUGUAGGACAUCAUCUAAAUAAACCAGAGUAUAUUCAGAUGCUAAUGCCUCCAUUAAUCCAGAAGUGGAACAUGUUGAAGGAUGAAGAUAAAGAUCUCUUCCCUUUAUUAGAGUGCCUGUCGUCAGUUGCUACUGCCUUGCAAUCUGGCUUCCUUCCAUACUGUGAACCUGUGUACCAGCGUUGUGUAAAUCUGGUACAGAAGACACUUGCACAAGCCAUGUUGCAUAAUGCUCAGCCAGACCAAUAUGAGGCUCCAGAUAAAGAUUUCAUGAUUGUGGCGCUUGAUUUACUCAGUGGUUUAGCUGAAGGACUUGGAGGCAACAUUGAACAGCUAGUGGCUCGCAGCAAUAUCCUGACACUAAUGUACCAAUGCAUGCAGGAUAAAAUGCCUGAGGUACGGCAGAGUUCUUUUGCGUUGUUAGGUGAUCUGACAAAGGCCUGUUUUCAGCAUGUUAAACCUUGCAUUGCUGAUUUCAUGCCAAUUUUGGGAACCAACCUAAACCCUGAAUUCAUUUCUGUGUGUAACAAUGCCACGUGGGCAAUUGGAGAAAUCUCCAUCCAGAUGGGUAUAGAGAUGCAGCCUUAUAUUCCAAUGGUGUUGCACCAGCUUGUAGAAAUAAUUAACAGACCAAACACACCAAAGACGUUGUUAGAGAACACAGCAAUAACAAUUGGUCGUCUUGGUUACGUUUGUCCUCAAGAGGUGGCCCCCAUGCUACAGCAGUUUAUAAGACCCUGGUGCACCUCUCUGCGAAACAUAAGAGACAAUGAGGAAAAGGAUUCAGCGUUCCGUGGGAUAUGUACCAUGAUCUCGGUCAACCCUAGUGGAGUAGUCCAAGACUUUAUUUUUUUUUGUGAUGCUGUUGCAUCGUGGAUUAGCCCAAAAGAUGAUCUCCGAGACAUGUUCUGUAAGAGCGCCUUGCAGCUUACUAUGGAGUUUAACCUCAUGCACUGUAGCUGCAGUCCCAUAAUUAGAGGUCCUUCAGUCUGGGAGACUAUGAGGGAGCCUCUGCACCCAGGGAAAAUGUUACCCUUUACUGGGGGGAAGGGUAAACCAGUAGGGAAUACAGUACAAUCCCAACCCUACUGGGAGGGGCGGGAGGGAGGUGUUGCCGUCACUGUAUUAAGUCGAUGUUGGGAAAUGUUUUAACAUCUGGAGCCUUUGUGGGUGGAAAUCUGUCUCCUAUUACAACUCUGCACUGUAUGUGAAGAAGAAAAAAAAAAAAGAAUCUAGUCACAAAACAGCACAUUCUGGAAUAUUAUGGGGAAUUGUACCAAAAUAAGAACCAUGUAAUUGAAUCAUAGGGAUAUGUAAAGAGGAAAACUAUUUUGCGCACAAUAAAGGAAACCCAAGAAUGGGGGUCGCAAACAGUAAAAGGCUUUCUUUUUUCUUUUAUGUUUUUUUAAGUAAGGGUUUUCUACAUUAUUUCAUCCUGCUUGAUGGGAUUCCUAGGUAUUUGCAUGUUAAUGAAGAACUACACAAAUGAAGUUAGUACAGUUAAAAUGCAGCUUGCAUCUGUAUUAGGCGCAGGCACUUGCAGUGUACAAUAUAGAAACCCCAUAGUAAAUUUAAUAAAGGUUAACUUGGACAAAGUGAAGCAACCUGCAAGCUGCCAAAUGAGUCACUCCUUUCAUUUUUAGGGUAAGGGGAGGGACACUUCAAAGGAAAGAUUGACAUCUUUAUUUUUACAUUAAAAAAUAAUUAAAGUAGUGGAUAUGAUUUAAUUAUUGUACUUCAUUAGAUUUAAUUUCUAGAGUAAAGCAUUAUUCUUAAUGUGCAGUUUAAGGUUCGGGCAUGCAUUCUGGCUCAUAGUGAUCAGAAGUAAUUUAGUGGGAAAGUAGCAUGCUUGCAUCACAUAGAUUGAAACUGGUAUACUUUUACCUAUGUUGCGCCAGUUUUGUGUUGCAGUUUACCAAUUCAAUAUAGCCCUGCAUUUAAAAUUCCUUUUCAAGAUUCUGUGGAUUUUUAUUUGAUUAAGAAUAUAGAUAUAAAGUACUGUAGUUAACAAUUAGGCCUUGAAAUACCUUUUUAGGAUCUGUUAAGAAUAAGAUUGAUAUUGUAUUGUGUGUAACCUGCACAAUGUGGAAAGCUGAUAUAGCUGUGCAAAAUAUUUGCCUCUGUGCUGUCAGUGUGAUGUGCUUUCUGCAUGGUUAUAUACUAGUGAUUUUAUCAGAAUCUCUAAAAAUGAGUUACAUGGUAAGACCCGUUAAAGGCUGCAUAAAUGUUAGUUGGCACGUAAAGACAAUUGUAGAAGUUGAUGACAUGAUUGCUAUAUUUGUGUUUAUUCCCACUCAACAUACUACCUUCUAUGCUUUCUUUUUGUUCAAAGCAUGAUCUUAAAGAGAUGUUUUAAGUUAAUAGAUGUAAUGCAGGGUAUCUACACUGUAUCGGCGCAUGUUGGUGGCCCUUUGUGAUGUAGUUAAAUGCACAAGGGUGCAAGUUUAAAGCUACGGAGUGAAAGUUGGUUUGGAUCCUCUUCAUUUCAUUUGUUUAGCUUUUCUGUUGUGUUUUUUUUUCCCUCUACUUACAUGUGUUCCUGUGAAUAAAUCCUUGUUAAGUUAACCCUUUACUUUUCCUUCCAUGUGUAUUUUCUUAGUACUGUGAAUGUGAAAUCCUAACUGGUACACUUGAUCUUGUGUCCAUCUGAAAGUGGCAAGUCUUUAAUAAUUUAGAUUGCCUAAAGAGUAUCCCAUGAUGAUAAAGGAAAAUGGAGAGAUUUUUAACUCUGCUGGUCAGAGGUGAUGCCACACCUUUCCAUUUUUCAAGUGCUGCAUAAUUAAUCUGCAAAACAAAAUUAAGCCAUAACAGCCUUUUUGUAGAUGUAGUUUCUCACCUUUGCAUUGCAAAAUGGAUACUGGAUGACAGGUUUUGGGUUUUUUUGUUUGGUUGGUAUUUUUUUUAAGAACUUGCUCUUCUUUGCAUGGUUCUGUUCUUCGACUGUUGAAUGAUUUAGCCAUUGCACUGAAGUUUGAGCUGUGUGAGUGUGAACAUUAACGAGUUUUUAUUUUUAUUUUUUUAAUGUAUGAUAGCAUGCAUGUUUUACAUGCCCCCACCCCCUCUUUUUUUGGCUUUGCAAAUUUUAAUGGAUUAUGCCUGAAAAAUAGUUUGGGCAUGUACUGUAUGAAGUACAUUCACUAAUGCUAGUACAUAAUAUUUAUUCAGUUUGGUCAAAAUUGCAUGUGGUAACUUGCUUUCAAAUUACAUCGCUUUGGUAGCAAAUGCAAAAUUCCUUCUUAACUAGUAACUCUGAAGCAAAUUAGUAGUAGUCACUAAAACCACUUUAAAAGCAAAUUCUGGAAGGGAAAAAACCCCAAACCUUUACAAUUUAGCAAGGUGGGAUGUUAUUUUAGAUCCAAACUUGCUUUAAUUUUGAGUGUGUUUUGAACAUUAGGGAAGAGUUUCAGAGAAAUGACAUUAAAAAAUCUGUAGAAGAAAAAAACUACCCAAAUAAUUUAGAAAGCCCUUUUAACCAAAUAAAACCACUCCACCUCACCCCGGAUUAGCUUAGGAUGCCACUUUUGUACAUACGUAUUUUAAUAGGUAUUUGUACAGAUGUGAACUGAUCUCGUAUAACAGCAAGGAAAAUAAUUAAAAUAAGGCAGAAAUAAACAGUACUGACAAAGUAGUCUCUUGUAUCAGUAAGUUCUGUCAUGGUAUAUUUUACUGCAAAUAAACCAUUUCCUAUUGCAUAAUAUAGCACAGAGAUUUGCAGAAGCCAUUUAGGGUUUAAUGUGAGGUAAGAAAAGUUCUGAAACAGCAUUAACAUUUAUAAUUCAAUUAUUGCAUCAUGGGAUAUGUAAAAAGCAUCUUAAUUCUUGUGGUGUAGUCUUGACAGUUCUUGAAUGUGGACUGAAUGUUUUUACUGGUAGAAUUGUGAGUUUGUCUUUGUUACAUUCCAGUGUUUCUGCCUCUUGGCAUGCUAAAAGCACGGCUUACUUCAUUUGCUCCUUACACACUGAAUAAAGUGCUGUUAGUGUGCUAAACUACAGAAAUAGCCGCUGCUAAGUAAUGGUGUAGAUUUUCUACUUGAAUAUUUUUGUUGUAGGAACCUCAGGAGGUCAGUGUUUACUGUUUUUUAUAUAUGCCUUUUUCCUGUUUUGAGUUUCCCUUUUUGAAGGAUGCUGAGAGUGAACAAAAGCUGCUGAUCAACCUAAGUUGGUAACAGAAAGUAUAUUUACAAUCUUUGUAAAUGCAUCUUUUUGGCAGUUCUAAAUUGUUGUUAAUCUUAAAUGAAGUUCAAUACUAAAUUUUUUUCAUUACACAUUCAGGAAACAGCUCAUUUCAUUUAGGGAAAAAGAUCAGAAUGGUUCAUUAUUUUAACCAGUGCAAGCAAAAAUAAUCAAUUUUGUAAAUUUUUUCCAAAGCUUGAUUAUUUUCUAAAUCAGUGAAUAUGUAUAUAUUUAAAUUGUAAUAAGCUAAUUCUUAUGCUUUAGUUUAUUGCUCCUUAAAGCUUGUACUCAGAAGAUUACUUUUAGAAGAAUGGGUUUAAAAUUUAUAAUCAUUAUAAUUUUUAAAAGUUAAGAAAUCAGAUAAAUUUUGUAACUACUGAUAUACACUGUGAUUUUUUUUUAAUUUUUUUUUGUUAGGACUUUUAUGUUAGCUUAGCAUCAGUCUUAAUUACUUAAACUGCAUAUAUUGUAUAGUAGUAAAAAGUAUAUUUUAAAGCUUCAAGUGGCUUUCCUCAAGCGAAACUCAUUGCUACUUAGAAAUAUUCAAAUACUAGCUUUAUCUCAGGUGAAUACUCUUGUACCCUUUUUGUUCAGAACACAUGCUAAUAAAAAAGUGUCUUAAUUAUAUUAGUUUAUGUAUUUAAUUUGGGCAGCUUCUCUGUCUUAAACUUACUCUAACCUUCUAUUGUGGGACAAUAACAACUUGCUUCACCUAUUUUAUUCAUAUUGAACGUAUUAACACAUAAGGUGCAAAAACAUUCUUCCCUUGAGGAGAAUGCAUCCAUAUUCAAACAAUUAAAAAUAUUUCUUGAAAAAGGCUUUAAAUGCACCGUUAUAUUAGAUAUCAUUUGUUUCAGAUUUUCUCAAGGAAAGAAGUUGCAACUUAACACUAAUUGCUUCAAUACUGUCUCUUUCAUGAGGAUGAUAGAUGCAUAAAGCUUCUAUAUAGGGUCUAAAGAGUAACUUUCUGUCUUAGAUAAAGGUUAAGCUCUACAGCAAAAUGACAAAACAUCCUGCCGUUAUCUCAGUAUAGACACUGAUGUUGUUUGUAUACAUAUUUGUUACAUAUUACAUAAGUAUUUCCAGUAACCUCAUCUUGAAUAACUAAAGCUUGAUCAGUAGCUGUGUAUUUCACUCACCUAUGCAUUCUCCAGAAUGACUUGCAUCCAUCAGUCUUACAGGUGUUCUUCUCCAGUAGAAAAAGUUUCUGUCUGCCACUGAUGCUUACUCUUUGCACUUAAUGGUUGCAGCAAGCCAGUUUUAGAUUAUUGUUUUAAAUGGGAAACUGAGGCAACUUAAGGAAACUUGUUGCUUGCCUUGACGAGUAUAUUCUGCUAAAAUAAUGAUACUCACUUGAAUGUACUUAUAUGAGGGAAGUUUAAAAUGGCUCUAUAAGAUGAAUCCCUGCGUGAUGUUACAUUAUACUUUAAAUAAGCCAAAUCCACUUCUCAAAGAAUUCAGCACUUACAGUAUAGUAUCGUUUUCCUGUAAGCUGGUUCUGUUGUGCUACUUUCACCUUAGGUAUCUAUUUCCUUACUUUGGGUGAGCAACAAAAUGGGGUGUUUCUUGCAAGGAUGGAGAUUAGAAAAAAAGAUUUGUAUAAGCAGGUUCAUUUGGCUGUCGAAAUCUCCAGUGUAAUACUAUCUCUUUUCAUGGGAAGAAAUAAGUAUUUAUGUUGUACGUUGUCUGACUUACUAAUAUUAGAAACUUAAAAAACCUUAAAUUGGAUGCAGUGUACAAAAUAGUUUAAAAUGAGAGAUGACUGGAUCUUUCUGCUGACAACUUAGGUUGUGUGAGUUUUGCUUGAAAGCUUUAAAUCUGAUGUUUCUGUAUUCCACAAUGUUGGACUGUUUCCUUCAAACAUAUCCUCCUGCAACCUCUCAAACUGUACUAAAUUGAGUGAUAUUUCCUGAAGUCUGCCUAUGUGCUAACAGAACUUCAUUUUAAAUAGAAUAUGGUUUUAAUUUUUGAUAAGCUGCUGAAUUUUAAAGAGUUUUUGGGGCCACCAAAUAUUUUGGAUCAUGCAGAGAAUAUAUAUUGUACUGUAGUAAUUUUGUAUUUACAUUUGUAUGAUGUGACAUAAUAGAUGUGAAUGUUAAUCACUGCUUGAUUAUGUUAAUAAAGUUGUUUAAAUAUA